AUGUUUUUGCAGCUCAUAGUUUCAAUCUUAUACCUUUGCAUAAAACUAUGUUACUGUCUGGAGCCGUAUUCCAGAGAGUUAGAUGUCAGACCUGGAGAAGAGGAACAUACAGCAAUGGAAGAGUGCGCACGGGUUCAGAUAUUACCGAACACGUAUGACAAGUUGGUAUAUUUUAGUAAGAUAUGUGCGUUGACUUAUUGUAUUAAAGAUUCUACCUUAACGGAAAACAAGACAUUUAGUGAUGGUGGUUGCCCGCCGCAGAUAGAGUUUUGUAAAAAUCUCGAGUUGAAUCCGACUGCUGAACAUACGCAGAUAGAGUUAGUAUUGGUUGCGGAUAAGGACGAGUUGGGGACAGGAUAUGUGGCAGUCGAUCACGCGAGUAAGGUGGUUAUGCUUGCGUUUAGGGGUUCUAGUACUCAGCAAGAUUGGUUUAGUAAUUUCCAAAUACACCCCACAACAUACUUCCCAGCAUCAUUUAAGAAAUAUCAGGACCUUAUUAAGAGGGGCCUCAUUCCAUCUUGCGAUAAUUGUAAAGUCCACCGAGGAUUUUACCGCUUUGCAAAGACAUUAAGUAGAGAUUUUCUAGAACGGGUGGAGAAAAUAUUCAAUUUGUAUCCAGAUUACAAUCUAGUGGUGACCGGCCAUUCUCUUGGCGCAGCAUUAGCAACUUUAUGUGGAAUUGAGCUAGUACUUCGUGGGUAUCAUCCUCUAGUGCUAACAUAUGCAACUCCGAAAAUGUUUAAUGAACCCUUAAGGGAUUGGGUCGAUACAGUAUUUGAGUCCGAGAAAAUACAUGAGCUCUCCGUAAAGAAGAAAGAACUUAAGAUGAAUAAAGGGUACUUCAGGGUCGUACACACACAGGACUACAUACCCAAGGUACCCCCACUCUAUGUUGCUGCAGGAUUGGAGAUUUUCAUAGGAAAACUUCAUUUCCCACAUGAGAUCGACGAUUUAGAAUACCGGGGCAUAGGAUCGGGCUUAUUCGACGAGGUCGACAAAGAGGUACAAUCAAUUCGUAAUCAACUAAACGAGCGUGUGGAAAGGUGGUUGCAUAUGUAUGAACAUCGCAGUUAUUUUAUAAUGAUCAACACAUGUAGUGGAUUUUAG